AUGCAUUCCUUUCCCGUCACAGAAACGCAGCAUGGGUUAAAAAUCUAUACCGAGGAAGGGUUUCCCGUUUCCCCCAGGAGUGUAGAAGAGAGGGCCAGUCAACAUCUGAUCAGACUUUGUGGUGAAUUAUAUGAUCAAGAUGCAGCCCAGCUCCAACUGAAAGUCCUUAGAUAUCUGGAAGAACAAACUCAGGCAGAAUGUGCAUUCCUGUAUCUUGUCGUACCAGAAACUCAAGAACUCUUUUGUCAAGUGAUAGGAAAGAAAAUUCUCCAAGAAGAAGAAAGGUUUCCAGGUCAAAGCAGUUGUUUUUCUGUUGCCCUGGAAACCAAACAACCAAUGACAUUAGAAGACAUUCCAAUGGAGAGUAGAAAAGCCAUAGAAGAAAAAAUAGAAUGCCCCUUGCGGUCAUUUUUAUGUGUGCCAGUGACAAGUCGAAGUAACAAUAACCUUAUUGCAUUGACGUGUGUAGCAAACAAACAAAAUGCAAACAGAUUUUCAGAUCGUGACAUAUCUUGUAUACACCAGUGCUUCCGAUACACAUCAACAGUCCUUACUAGUACAUUAGCCUUCCAGAAUGAAAGAAAACUUAAACAACAAACACAGGCCCUAUUGACAGUGGCCAGAGAUCUGUUCACAAACUUAGGUAAGUGUAGCUUGACAUAUGGUAAAGGUUUAGAGAACUUUCCAGUAAUAGAGUCUAGAGGAUGUGAAAUAAAUGUCUAUAAGAGUUUCUUUCUGGCUGCACCUUCUCAUGAUUUCUUUUUUGGUUCAAAAACUAAAAAUGAUUUAAGUGAAGAGGAAUUUGGUCCACUGUUUGAUGGGGAGUCUUCGUUUACAAAGUUAGAGAGUGAUGCAGAGGAUUUGAAAGGCACUAUUGCUGAUGAUAGUAUGGUAGUUGAAAAGGUCCUAGGGGAUGCAGCAGAACUGACUGAGACUAUUGCAGAAUUAGGUGUUAAAAUAAAGGAAGUUGUUGAUGUUAUCAAUGUAAUUGAGAUGGAAAAUAUGGAAAAUAUCAGAAAAGACACCACACUUAUGGAAAAGAAUACUGAUGAAAUGAUAAAUGCAUUUGUUGCCCAGGAGGAGUUGGAUGAAAAUGAAACUGAUGAAAGUACUGAAAUGCUUGUUACGGAUUUGGAAGCUUUAAAUUCAGAUUAUAGCAAUGAUGAUUCAACUAAAACUAUUAAUGGAGAAGAUAAUUUAGUCCAGUCUUCAGCUGAAAGUAUUACAGAUUUAGAUUCUUUUGAAACUAAAGAUGAGGAAAGGAGUGCAGAUGACGUUGUUUCUUAUGAUGAAGAUGACCUUAUAGCUUCAAUUGAAAAGUUAAAAGCAUCAUUUAAGGAAGAUACAAAAAAAUUCCAUGAGUCUCUUAAAUCUGAAACUGUAUUUACUGAAGGUAUUGUUUCACCUGAUGACUGUUUCUCCGAGUCAGAUUUAUCUUUUGCUACUGCUUUUAGUGACUAUGCUGAUAAUGACUCUAAUUUCUCUGAUAGAACAUUUGAUGAUGUUUAUGUAGAUAGUGUACAGUCAUUUUGUCCAGGUGUACACGAUAAAGAUGCUGGGGACUUUGUGCAGUUCCGGCCUGAUAUAUUAGGCUUUCCAGAAGAUGUUUUUGAAAAGGGUGUGAAUAGAUGUAAAAGUGAGCCACUUCACGUUGGUGAAAUUUCACCCAUUAUGGUAGAUAGCAAGGCAGACUUGAAUGAUGCUUUCCAUGUUGAAGAUCUGGAUGAUACUAUAAACACACUAUCAGAUUAUUGUGAAAAAGAUCUCUCUGAUUUAGAUAAGCUUUUUGCAACUGAAUCAAACUCGAGUGAAAAUAUUAAUGAGAGCAUUAAUACGAUAUCAAAUCAAGAAAAUCCCCUCUCUGAUCUUAGUGAUAACAUUGAAAAUGGCGAUAAUGAAUUCCAAGAGGGGACAAUCCUUGAUGAGUCUUCUGAAAAAGGUGAUAAUGUGAUAAGAAAAAAUCUGAAUUUUGAAAAACAUCAAUCUGAAAGUGAAGAAGAAGCUAAAGAAGCAAUGAUAUGUGUGAGUGAUGCUAAUAUUGCUGAUAUACAAGUACCUGUAACAGAGGCAGGAUCCAUUAGUUCUAAUGACCUCACCAAAUUGUUAAGAGAGAUUAUGCAACAAGCAAGGAACCUGACCCAUGCAGAAAGAUGUUCCGUGUUUCUGAUAGAUCAAGAUACAGACGAACUUGUGGCCAAAGUGUUUGAUGGCAUAACAACCAAAAAGGACAACGAAGUAAGCAGAUGCUUGGUUCAGGAAGAGAUUAGGAUGCCAAUAACUCAGGGUAUAGCAGGAAAAGUGGCCACCUCAGGAGAACUGCUCAACAUAAAAGAUGCAUAUUCCCAUCCCUUAUUCUAUAGAGGCAUUGAUGAUUCUACAGGAUUCCGAACUAGAAAUAUAUUAUGUUUUCCAAUCAAAGAUGAAAAAGGGAGAAUACUAGGUGUAGCCCAGCUUUGUAAUAAACAAAAUUGUCCAUGUUUUACAACGUUUGAUGAAGAGAUAGCUACUGCCUUCGGUAUUUACUGCUGUAUAAGCAUCAGCCAUUCACUGAUGUAUAAAAAAGUGAUAGACUCACAGGUCCGCAAUAGUUUAGCCAAUGAACUGAUGAUGUACCAUAUGAAGAGUUUAAUGUACAAGAAACUUUUGGAUACACAGCAUAGGAAAUCAUUAGCAAAUGAACUUAUGAUUUACCACAUGCAGGUGAGUCCAGAUGAUGUUCACGGUCUAGCAACAGUAGAUAUACCCCAUCCACGAAUGCUUCAUGCCAACUUUAUAGAGUUUUCCUACGCACCUAGAAGUCUACUGGAGGACAAAACACUUUUAGCUUGUUUAUCAAUGUUUGAAGAUUUGAAUCUUAUAUCAAGAUGGAGAAUUAGAAGAGAGACUAUAGCAAGAUUUGUUUUGAUGGUAAAGAAGGGUUACAGAAAUCCACCAUAUCACAACUGGAUGCAUGCCUACACUGUAGCACAGUUCUGUUAUCAGCUGAUCAAAAAUCUGAAACUGGAAAACACUCUAGAUGAUAUAGAGUUGUUUUCAUUAUUUGUGUCGUGUUUGUGCCAUGACAUUGAUCACAGAGGAACCAACAAUUCCUUCCAGACUGCUUCUAAAUCAGUUCUUGCUGCCUUAUAUAGUUCUGAAGGAUCGGUCUUGGAGAGACAUCAUUUUGCACAGACAAUGUGUAUUCUGAAUACGGAGGGUUGCAAUGUGUUUGAGAAUCUUAACAGCAAGGAUUACCAACAUGUUCUAGAUUUGAUGAGAGAAAUCAUAUUGGCCACUGAUCUGGCUCAUCAUUUUAAAAUACUUAAAAAUCUUAAAGACUUAGCUGAAAGGGGUAUUGAUAAGACCUCUGUGAAGGAAAGAAAGUUACUGCUAUGUCUGCUGAUGACUUCAUGUGAUUUGUCGGACCAGACAAGGCCAUGGGAAAAUACAAAGAGAGUGGCAGCACUGAUUUAUAAAGAGUUUUUCUCUCAGGGUGAUAUGGAGAAAGCAAAGGGUCUUGAACCAAGUGACAUGAUGGACAGAGAAAGGGCUCAGAUACCUGCCCUGCAAAUCAGCUUCCUGGACCAUGUUGCUUUACCUGUUUAUGUGUUAUUAGGAAAGCUGUUUAGUCCAGCAAAGGAGGUAGGAGAUAGGGUUGAAGAGAACAAGCAGCACUGGAUAAAGAUCUCUAACUUAAUCAAGUUAAAGCGAGGUGGUAGUCAGGCUAGAAUGACCUUUGAGGAAGUGUUGGCCAUUGAGAAUGAGGCUGAUGAUGAGACAACCCAUCUAGUGAACGGUUCAGAAACCAUGGGAUCGAAGUGUUAAUUGAAGGAACCAGAAACCAUGGGAUCCAAGUGUUAAUUGAAUAAACUAGAAACCAUGGGAUCGAAG